UACCUCGUUCCCCGGUGACCGGUUCGAGCCGAGGGCCUUUCGCGUUCCCCUCAGCCACCCGCUCAGCCGCCCCCGCCUCCUCCCAGAGGAGGUGGACUUCCGUCCGGGGCGACCGGCCGGGCACGUGUGUCGAGCUCACCCGGGAGCACCUCGCGACCACCUCGCGAGCGCGACCCAGCUUCCAGGCCAGCAGCCGCAGGAGGACGAAAUUGAAGAGACUCUGGAGGAGAGGAGACCGGAAGUCGGCGAAGGAUGACGGAAGAGGCCUCGCGAGACCCGGGGGUGGCGGACGUCACCAGCGCGGAAGAGGCCAGGGCAACCUUGGAGCUCACCUGCUCCUCGUCCAAGAACAAACCCCUUCCGGAGCGAGGAACAUGGAGCACCAAACUCGACUUCAUCCUCAGCGUGGUGGGUCUGGCCAUCGGUUUGGGCAACGUCUGGCGAUUUCCAUACCUAUGCUACAAAAACGGAGGAGGAGCCUUCCUGAUCCCGUACUUCCUCACCUUGGUCCUCGCCGGGAUACCCAUGUUCUUCAUGGAGCUGGCACUAGGACAGAUGCUGACGGUGGGAGGCCUCGGUGUCUUCAAGAUCGCCCCCCUUUUCAAGGGCAUCGGCUACGCCGCGGCCGUGAUGUCCUGCUGGAUGAACGUGUAUUACAUCGUUAUCCUUGCCUGGGCCAUUUUCUACUUCUUCAUGUCGAUGCGCAGUGAACUCCCCUGGGGCAGCUGCAACAAUUACUGGAACACGAAGAACUGCGUGAAUCCUUACGACAGGAGCGAACUUCUUUGCUGGGAACAAAUGACCAGAAAUCAUAGUAUAGUGAAGAUGUGCUCCGUGAAUCAAGUCAACGUCUCCAUCGCGGAUCUCACGGAUCCGGUGAAGGAGUUCUGGGAGCGACGAGCACUGCAGAUCAGCGUGGGCAUCGAGUACGUAGGGAAUAUCCGAUGGGAGCUAGCGGGUACUCUUCUGUUGGUCUGGAUUUUGUGCUACUUUUGCAUCUGGAAGGGUGUCAAAUGGACUGGCAAGGUUGUCUACUUCACAUCUCUCUUCCCUUACGUUCUCCUCACUAUUCUCCUGAUUCGUGGCAUCACCCUUCCCGGAGCCAUGGAGGGGAUUCGAUUCUACAUCAGUCCUAAUCUCUCCAAGCUGAAAGAGUCGGAGGUUUGGAUAGACGCAGUUACGCAGAUCUUCUUCUCCUAUGGCUUGGGUUUGGGAACCUUGGUAGCCCUUGGCAGCUACAACAAGUUCACCAACAACGUUUACAAGGAUGCCCUAAUAGUGUGCUCGGUGAAUUCAUCGACCAGCAUGUUCGCAGGAUUUGUUAUAUUUUCCGUCGUCGGCUUCAUGGCUCACGAGCAACAAAAACCCGUGGCUGAGGUCGCAGCUUCCGGUCCAGGCUUAGCGUUCCUGGCGUAUCCUUCCGCCGUCCUACAGCUUCCUGGGGCGCCUCUCUGGUCCUGCCUUUUCUUCUUCAUGCUUCUGCUCAUAGGUUUGGAUUCACAGUUCUGCACAAUGGAAGGAUUUAUCACAGCCAUGGUGGACGAGUGGCCGCACCAGCUGCGUCGUCGCAAGGAGAUCUUCAUCGCCUUCGUUUGCGUGCUGUCCUAUCUGAUAGGAAUGUCCUGCAUCUCCCAGGGCGGGAUGUACGUCUUCCAGAUCCUGGAUUCGUACGCGGUGUCGGGAUUUUGUCUUCUGUUCCUCAUAUUCUUCGAGUGUAUCUCCAUCAGCUGGGCCUUUGGCGUGAAUCGAUUCUAUGACGCCCUCCGAGACAUGAUCGGCUACUAUCCCCUCAUGUGGUGGAAGUUCUGCUGGACGGUGACAACGCCGAUGAUCUGCAUCGGAGUCUUCAUCUUUAAUUUGGUCCAAUGGACGCCAAUCAAGUACCUGGAUUACGAGUACCCAUGGUGGUCCCACGUCUUGGGGUGGUUCACGGCCUUGUCUUCGAUGCUCUGUAUACCUGGGUACAUGGUCUACGCUUGGAUGACUACUCCGGGAGACAGAGAAACGAAAUACAAGCUCCUCGUUCGAAUAGAGGACGACGUCCCGAGUUUGCGAACGAAGAUGGGACAACCUGCCCUCGAAUUGACGCCCCUCUAACGUCACAGGAGCACCCGCCCAUCGUAAACCAAUCUAUUUGAAAAGCGAUCGUGCCGUUGGAUCGCGGUUAACAAAAAUAUAUACACCAGGUCGCCAACUCUUAGCGCCGCGCGAUAUGUCGCGCCGCAAGGAGUACAAUGUAAUUAUCGAGAAAAUUGAAAAAGAAAUGUAUCGGAAGAAACGCAGUAUCACGCUGACGAAACGUGGCACGCCGGUGAAGCGUCUACCCAAGGGCUUCCAGAGAUCCUGAUGAUAUAUAAUCACGGUCCACAGAAUCGAGUCGAUCACCGGCGAGACCAGUGAGAUCACAGAUCGCACUUUCAAGAUUUUCGUAUGGAGCCUGAUCCGUGUUUGCGAUCGGUCCUGUUUUGUGACACGAAUGUUCGGAACGCAGUACAAAGAACGCGUGUACCAUAUUGUAUCCUCCCCGGGGUUCUGUCGUAUACGUACAUAUAUACCUAGCCUAGUACUGUACAAUAGUUGUCCCUAGAUUAUUUAUGACACUUCUUGGCGACCCUGAGCCCUCGCCCUCCGUGAAUACUUACUAGCCUUAACAGAGACUAGUAGACAAUAGAUGCGAAGGUGUUCAGUGGAUAGAUGCGCAUACCGCUAGCCGCGGUUUAAGCAGUCGAAUAGUCGUUAACUAUGUUAGAUUAGAAUCACUAGUUUAUUAACGUUUACGGCGAUGGUAGUUCGUUCGUGCAUUUGUCAACGGCAACCGGUCAACGAUCGGUGCACCUCGGUCUUGGAGGGGUACCGAUCCUAGCUCGCGAGAACGUCAUGAUCAUCAUCUUUACCCCCUUCUUCUACGUGACUUUUUAAUUUCCCUUUUUUGUUUUUCCUUGAUCUUCCAAAACUGUGGAUUUCACUAGGAAACGUGAAAAGAAUGUUCAGUAUUGUACAAACAGUCGUCACGGUCGGUUCGACGAGUUCACUUUCAAAAGCGUAGAAGUCAGGCGGCGAUCAUACCUCAGAUUUAUCUACUCCUGUUAUCAAGCCUACUCUCGUAAUUAAUGACAUUACUGUCAGUACUAUAGAUACUAUAUAUAUAUACAUAGACCACAUAUCCGUAGUCAUUAAAGAGAGAUGUUAUCGUGAAGCUGUUACGUUGUAUUUAUAAUAUUUAUUUCGAUAUUUAAUUAUUUUUAACUUGUUUAUUUCAUACAUUUUGUAUUUUACCGAAACUCUAUGUUAUCUCCGUCUGCAUAGCAUUUACCGGUAGGACUCAUCCGCAUGUAUCUAUUGACAUUAUCAAAUAAAUAAUUACCAAAGUUA